AUGGUCAAGCGAUAUAGUCUCUUAUGGACCAGUGUUAUUGCUACGGAAACAAACAGUCGAAUUAUCCGUUCGACCAGUUCCACCAUAUUUGAAGUUCUCGAGGAGGCUGGACCAGGUACAGUGAUCAUUGACAAUCUGCAACAUCGGCUUCGAUUGCUCCCAGAAUACUCGAAUGGACAACCACAACCGCCAGGUCAACAGCAACCGUAUGCAGCCAUCGGUAACCCAUCCAGUCCAGGGAUAGAGGGUUUGGAAAUAAGACCAAAUCGUUUUGACGGAACCCUGCAAUUAGUGGUCCGUGACAAGCACCGAGGACCCGAUAGAGAACGUUUGUGCAAUACUCAGUACGCGCGUAAAACCGAUCCAAUGGCUCCCUGUGAUAUCACUCUGGUCAUUCUGUACGGCAACCGACAAAAUCCUUCUUACGCACGCAUCACGCUCCGUGUAUUGGAUACAAAUGACAAUACACCAACCUUUCCGGACGGUCCGACAUUUGAACUGCGAAUUCCCGAGGAUGUAGGUGAUUCUGAAUUAGAUGCGUCCACAAUAAAUGUACAAACUAAUAUUUUACGUAACUUUUACGGUUCGGCUGGAAGAACGGAGCGUACACUGACUGUAUUCCCAUUACCAACAGCUUUUGAUAACGAUUUGCCGGUGAAUGGAAUCAAACUUUACCGGCUAUCCACAACCAACGGUCAGGAAGUUGACACCUCAUUGUUCACAUUGGUUAACAACAGUUCUGAUGGAGUAACCGCAACAGGUUCAAGCACUUCGUACGGAUCGUCCAUAUUCCACACGGUUGUUCAUAGCCCAGCUCUAAAAGUGAUCGGUCGAUUGGAUCGAGAGAAAACCAACGAUUAUCGCUUUCAUCUGUUAGCUGUCGAUGGAGGUGUACCACAACGUACGGGGACACUGAGCAUUCAUUUAGUCAUCACGGAUCUGAAUGAUAAUGCUCCGCGAUUUCGUAAACCGAUUUAUCAUCAACCUUCAUUUGACCAGGCGGCCGAAUUGAACGAUCGAUCAAUAGUGUACGAAAUUCUUCGCAUUCCAGAAACUUUACCUCCGGGAUCUAAUUUGGUCACCCUAAUCGCCGAGGAUCCGGAUCAGGGCCCAAACGCGCAAAUCACCUAUCGAUUGAAAGAUCACCUGACAACCGGGGAUAAAACUCCGGCGGGUGGACUGAAUCCGUUUGGAUUAGUUCAGUCGAAUGGAUCGGUCACAUUGACAGUGUUGCAUCAGCUGGACGCAGAUGGACCGGGUGGGCGAACAUUGAUAGAGCAUAAUAGACCGAUCUAUGGUCAGUUGAACAAGGUGAUCGUGGAGGCAGUAGAUCACGGUUCACCACCUUUGACUGGUACCAUAACUUUAGCCAUUCUGGUGGAGAAUGUCAAUGACAAUCGUCCAGAUAUUUCAAUUCAGUUCACAGAUCCAAUCAAACUCCCGACAACAUACGGACANCACAACCAACAACAACAACAAGACAAUGUGGUGGCAGUGGUGGUCGGUGGACUUUUGGAAAAUGCUCCCAAUCCGGUCACAAUUGCUCACCUCACCGUAACCGAUGGGGAUGUGGUCAGUCAGGAACUGGGCGGUCUUCACCAGGUAGACGGUGUUCGGUGUGAAACAAACGAUACCCGAUUUGUGCUGGAACAAAUGCAAAGUAUGUCUGCACAAGGGGCGACAGAUAGACAAACUGUGGCUUCUAGUCAUGCCAGUCUGUCACUGUACUUUUAUCGAAUGUCUGUGAUCAAACCGGUGGAUCGAGAACAGGCUGAAUGGCUUUAUAUUCAGGUCACGUGUGUGGACCAAGUACGUGCGGAACAUGCAGGUGGAACUUUCAGUUUUCUUCCAGUCAGUUCUUACACCUCUUCCGUACAACUGACGGGCACAGUAACCGUGACAUUGAAGAUUCUCGAUGCAAACGAUAAUAGUCCACGAUUUGAUAAAGACGUUUAUCAGUUCACUGCGUUUGAGACUCCCGACAAACCGUCCAGUUAUAUGUACGGUUCUGUGGGAUCGGAAGAACAGCGCACGCGUAUUGGAACAGUUCGAGCCACGGACGUGGAUAGUGGAAACAAUGGUCUGGUUGUCUAUCGUCUCCUAACCAAUCCCAACGAUGCUUUCUAUGUAGACGAACGCUCCGGUGAGGUAUGGCGUAUCGGUUCCUUAGAUCGAGAACGUGAAGCUCAAGUAGAUUUGCGUAUUGAAGCACGGGAUAAAGGAGAACCUCCAAUGAGUAGCUCGUGUCUCGUCAAGGUGACCAUAUUAGACAUAAACGAUCAUUCACCGUACUGGGUCACAUCCGGUGAGGAUCAUCCGGCUGCCGGUGCGGGAUAUGGUUUCGGGAAAUCCGAGGAUGGUGUGUUCUACUUCUCAGUUUAUGAGAAUCUUGAAGUCGGGAACACAAUUGGAUCAAUCAGGGCAAUCGAUUUGGACGGUACAAUUGAAAAUGACCUGGUCGCUUUGCCAGUACGAAAUAUGGAAAACCCGUUCAUAUCGGAAAAUGAAGAUACAACAUCAUCAGACACUUUUUUGAAAGAGGCUGAAUCAAAAGUAGUCUAUCAGAUUGAAAAUGUUGAGGAUGCUCGAUUGUUUUCAAUCAAUUGGCAUACCGGAGAAUUGCGCCUGAAUCAGAAACUGGAUCGAGAAACGCGCGCACAUUACGAACUGCGAGUGUUUGCGAUCGAUAAUCCACCGACCAAAUGGACCGGCGGAUCAAAUAAAUCACCCCCGAACGACUAUUGGGAACGAAUACGACGUCGUCGAUUCACCGCGACCGCAACAAUUAUCAUAACUGUGCUGGAUGUGAACGACAACGCACCGCAAUUCGAUGCACCUUUGGUCGGACAGGAAUUUCACUUAGAACCGGGCUCUGUGAUGUCCGCACCGGGGACCACAUUGUUUACGGCCAAAGCGCAUGAUGCAGAUGCCGGUGAGAAUGCUACGGUCCGAUACACACUCGAAGGAGGUGGUUACGAUUUGGUUGAGAUUGAUCCGACUACUGGAGUUUGUUAUCUUCGUGAGGCGAUUCAACCGCAAAAAUUGCUCGCAUUGCUGAGCAAUCAUGAAUUGCCGGUUAGUGAGAGAUUGCUCAAUCCCCGUGUGAACGGCGAUCAGGCAGAGGGGCAUCCGAGUGAACUAAGAUCACUUAGUUUAACUUUGACAAUUAUUGCGCACGAUAUGGGGAAACCGCAUCAGUUGAAUAGUUCCCGAACUGUCCGGCUGGUGUGGAACGGUGGAGAUCCGUCGAUGGGUGAUUUACACUCAGCCUACGCCAGAAACUCAAUUUUCGGGCAGGUGUAUAAUGCGGCUUUGUUAAACGGUGGAAAACUAUCCUACACCGAACGUCUUCUGAUCCCAUUGAUUGUCGGAGCAUUCCUGUUACUAUUCAUAAUCUGCCUCAUUCUAUUCGGUAUUUUUCGCUAUCGACGCCAUUCGAAAACACAACGUGGCCAGCCAUAUCAAUCGCGUGUUACGCGAUCGUUUGUAACACGUCCGGACACAACCAGCACACCGCAUUCGUCAUGGUUGUCUGGUCACGGCAUGUCAGUGGUUUCAAGUGUCUGCAUACGAAGAAAGAACUUUCACAACGGAGCAGUUGGUGUGCUCAGUGAUAUUAUUAGUGGUAAGAAUAGUAGUAGUAGUAGUAGUAGUAGUAGUAGUAGUGCAAGGUGGUGGCGGUGGUGGUGA